UGGUUGGGUCGGAGGUGGCUGAAUGUGAGAAACUUUUGUUGCGUUGCGUAGUAUGGUGAUGGGACCUCGGUGUGGGAAAGAAAAAAGAACUGAGAGUGUGGGCGCGAUCUCGCGGGUUGAAAAUGGGGGAAUUGGUGGUUGAGAGAGCUGUGGAGGUCAUUCGCCUAAAUAAAAGCUUGGUGAGAAGGAGGUAGUGCUUAAGUUGUACCUGCGUAGGUGAUUGAGAAAAAAGAGUUAUGUAUGGGGCGGGGCGAUUGUAGGGGUCUCGGAGUGCAGAGAGAACACUCAGUGGGCGAACACAGGACAAGGCCGUCUCUCGAACGAGCCCUCUGUUAAGGAGUAGGAGAGCAUAUAGCUCGGCAAAGGGGGGAGGUAGGGGGGCGAAAGGAUUAAGUAGGUGUCUCUCUGCCUGAUGAGAGGGUUAAGGAGAUAGGAGUAAUGGCGGCGGAGGUCGAACAUCAUCAAACCUUCGCAACGAACUUAGCGUCCGUGGCGGCAGGGUUUGUGGACACUUCCGUGCAGGAUCUGAAUGAGGCGGCGGCGGGAAGAGCUGUGAUCUCUUCGGCGGCCCAAGAGCGUCAGCAUCAGCAGCCGCCGCCUCAGCAACCCCAGCUCCAGCAUCAGCAGGAGCUUCAGGAUCCGCCACGAUUCCCUUCCUCGGUGGAAAGUGAGGAGAAGCCCCUUCUGACUCCGCCCGUCGAGGAGAAGCAGACGCAGAGUCAGGAACAGCAGCAGCAGCAAGAACAACAGGGGGAGGCGCAUCAAGAACAACAGGCGGAGCAGCAACAACAACAGGGGGAGCAGCAACAACAACAGGGGGAGGAGUCGGCGGAGCAGCAGUCGGCCACAGCGCCUUUGCCGCAUUCGCUGCAGCUGCCUACGCAGCAGCAACAGGAGCCGUUGGAGCAGCAGCAGCAACAACAGCAGCAACUACAGCAGCAACAACAGCUGCAACAACAGCAGCAACAGCAGCAGCAACAACAGCAGCAAUUACAGCAGGAACAACAGCAGCAACUACAGCAGGAACAACAGCAGCAACUACAGCAGGAACAACAGCAGCAGGAGGUGGUUUCCUUUACCGUCGAGCAACGGGAGGCGGCAUCUUUCUGUGUAGCGGAACACCAGGACCCGAGCACGCUCGCGCAGUUUGAUCAUGAGGAAGAACAACAGCAGCGGGUGCAGCUGCAGCACCAGCAGCAGGUGCAGCAGCAACAAGAACCUCAGCAGCAACAGCAGCAGGAGCCUCAGGGGUUGAUAGCCCCAAAGGAAGAGCACGAGCAGGAGAUCCAAAUACAGAGCACUCCUUUUCAGCGGCAUACUCAUCUCCCACCUCACCCCAUUCCGGCUGAGGAACUGCAAUCGGCCCAGCUGCCAACUCAGCAGCAUCAGGCACAUCUCCAUCCGCAUCACAUUGCCCAUCAUCAUCAUCAUCAUCAGCAGCAAGCAGUGGAGGUGUCGCAGCUUCUGCACCUUCAGCACCAGCAUCAGCAACCGCAAGUGGAAGUAGGCGUCGCAGCACAGGAACAAGUGCAUCCUUUGGUGCAUGUGCAGCUGCACCGACAUCAGCAGCAGGCUCUGUGCGUAGCAGUGCAUCCUCUGGUUCAGGUGCAGGCUCAUCAGCCUGACCAAGGCCCGGUUGGCGGUCAUCUUACUCCGCCGACGUUGACCGAAUCUGUCAGUGUUGUCGAUCCGCAGCAUGGAAGACAGGCGUGUGAGAACGAGUACGAGAGCUCGCUGGCUUUGACGGAUUCAGCCACUGCUGCUCCCUCGCUUCCGCCCGCUGAGGAUGGGGAGCAGACCUUUCCAACCUGUCCUACACCCUCUCCGGUGUCGCCAUACGGGCAGCUAACUCCUAAUGAUGUGUUGCCGUUGGAGACGGCAAAGGUUAGAUUCUUGAGGGUAAUCAUCGACAACUUCCUGACAUCACAUGUCGUGAAGGCUCAGGAGGUGUCCCCAACAAAGCAGGACAAGACAAAGAAGCGGAAAGUAAAGGAUGUGUGUUAUGAAGGGGACCCUAAAUAUUUGUUGCCGCUUAUAUUUAUUACUAACGUGUACGAAACUCUUGUGAAGGAGGUCAAUGAGAGAAUGUCAAAGGUGGAAGGUCUUCAAGGGAAGACCUUGGGGCUUGCGUUGGAAGCGGCUGGAGGGCUGUACAGGAAGCUCAUUGAAAAGUAUCCUAAGUCAGGGCCACAUACGACGUUCAAGAGGAAGGAGAUGGCAUCAGCAUCUGAAGCUAGAACGAAGUUCCCUCAGCUUGUGAAAGGCGAUGAGAGGCGAGUGAGGUUCAUUGUGAUUCAUGGGCUAGAGCUUGUGGAAAGGCCAACUUGGAAAGACCCUGAGGAAGAAGAAUGGUUUAAGUGCCUUACUGGUCGGCAUGAGGCAGCCAUUACACCAACAGAUUACAAGUUUUUCUCAGAGAGGACGAAAACUCGGGCCGCCCGAACAUGCAUCCCAAACACUGCCAUGGUUGCUAACAUAGUACGGCAUCAAGUGCAGUCACCUACGGUAUGGGGUGAAAUGACAGGCUUAGAAGGAGAGCCACCCUUCAAAAGGGGACCUUCAUACUCAUUGUGGACAGCUGACAAAGAGAUAAGGACUGAUCACAGAGGCAUGCGACUGCAAGGCUCUCCACUUCCUAUGAUGAUUGUCUCGCCUGCAACAGCCCCUGCCAAGUUCUGUGAUGAAUGUGGCGCUGCCUAUGUCCGCGAAUCAUCCAAGUUUUGUUCAGAGUGUGGCUUGCGAAGACCAGGAAUGGAGGUGAUUGACAAUUGGAAUCUUUCUGCAACAGGGACGGAAAUGCUCGACAAGGAGUACGACGUUCCUGGAAGCCGCAGGACUGUGUAAUAUCAGCAGUAGAUUGGAUGUGUCUUCCAAAAGCAGGGUAAGGUUAAGACCUAGCCACGGUCGGGAUGACUGCGGUUCUGGGGACCAUCUAUGCAUAUAUUUCAUAGAAUGCCAACAGCCAAGCCAAGCCAAGGUUGAUGACCACCUCUGGUGACCACAGCUGUUGUGGCAGUGGUGAUGUUGGUAAUACUCUUUUUUCAGUAAGCUCAGGAAUAAAAAUAACAACCGAGUUAACGGAGGGAUUUGUUGGGAGCUUGGUGUUCCAAGCACAGGAGUGGAUGCUCUUGUGAGCCAUUGUGUUGCAUAGCAUUCCCAGUCAUGGUGGUGUUCAGAAUCCCUUUGUGUUUCCUCCUCUCUGCUGAGCCAGCUGUGUAAUUGUCUGCCUGGAUCAGACUUUGUCUGCCUUCCCCUUCUCUGUGUGCAGGCCCCCCCUGCACCCGUAUCUUCCCCGUGUUUGCUUCCCCUAGCCCUUCUACUUGUUGCCAACUCCUCUAUCUCCUCUCUGUGACUGCUCCUACUGCUGCUGUGUGAUCCCCUUAUGGGUGGGAUUGCCUGAUGGCUAUGGAGUUGUACAAACCAAGCAUAAAGAACAGCCAGACCAAACGGUAUAUAAAUGAGAUGGGAGGCAGUGUAGAGCCAUGUCUUUUCUGUAAACAUUAUGUAGUGUAGAGCUGGUCAGGUACUCGGAUACGGAUAUAAGGUUCUUGAGCUCUGUGGUUCCAUAGCUGGUAGGAACUGUGUACAUAAAGAUGGCUAUGUGCUUUUCCCACCAAUAGAUUUCAGAUUGGCUAUAGUGAGGCCAUUGUGUUUCACAUUACCACCUCCAGCUCCUGAUUUUAUGCACAUGAAUUUCAGAUUAUCUGCCGCGGUUUUCAUCCUGUCGUCAUCGUAUUACGAACCUCGAUGGGUUAGCACCUGUGGUCCCAGCGGGCAAAGGUACUCGUGGGAGUCGUGGCCCCAUUCAGAUUUCUGUCACCUGACAAGAACUCGCUGUUGCCAGUCUCAUCUGGACUGGUGGCGUUUUUCCUUCUCGCCUUGAUCUAUUACGUAAGUGCCUUUUUGUGAAAGUCUCUUUUGCCGUGAAAGUUGUAUUGGUCCGCUGAACGACUUGUCAGGUUACUGCCUUGCAUGCAGUUGA